AUGUUAACUAGACUAAAAGCAGCACUACUUUUCAAAUCUUUGGAAAACAACAAAGCCAUUCGCCAGUCGUCUGCCAACAUCCAAGAAUUGAACAAUGAAAUUUGCAAAUUAAAAAAUGAGGCCAUUCAAGUGCCGGUUCUCAAGGCGAAAUUGGACCUUCUAGAAAAUGAAUUGAGGUUAGAAAGACAGAAACUUAUUGACCAACAACAAGCCUGGGAAGCCUUGAGAGCUCAAGAGGUGCAAGAAGAAGAAGAAGAAGAAGAAGAAGAAAGCAAUGCAAGCUUGUUCAAUAGUGACAAUCUCUGGCUCAGCAUUGAGGAAAGGAUCAAUGAGGAGGAGGAAGAGGAAGAAAGGGCUGCAAAAGAAAAUAAGAAACAAGUUUUGAGAAACUCUAAUGGUGGUGAAAACUUUGCUCCAUUGUUGGUUCCUCCAAGAUCUCAUAGAAGACUUGAAUCUACUUCCACUACCUCUAGCAAUGGUUCAUCACUUUUCUCAAUUAAGAACGAAUCAUGCAAAUCGAACACCGAACUCGACUUACAGUUGGCAUAUGAGGAAACUAAUACCUCACUUUUGGAGAAACUUAAGUAUCAAGAAAUGCAAAACACCGUUUUGAGUAAAAGACUCUCGGAAUUACAGGUGCACCUUGAUGAAAUGAAAUUGGCUCCUGAAGUAUCUUCCCCACCAACCUCCAAACAGUCAGAUGCUUUCCCUAGUACCCCUGUUUCUUAUAAAUGCAAUCCUAAAAAUUUGACUGUCAACAUUGAUCUUUCUGAGCCUUCAUUGUCUCCAUCUUCCAACAAUUACAUGUAUCAGCAAAACGCUACCAGAUCAAACAUUUCACUAAACAUUCAAAUUGACUCCCCUACUUUUUCACGGGUGACCUCUCCUGCGAUGUCCAAUUACUCGCCAAAUUCUUCAACUUUUGAAUCCCCAUUCAUUUCCCCUACUGAUUUGGCUUACAAGCAAUUGACCGAUCCCGAGAGAGUGAUCCCUUCGUCUGAAACAAGUUUGGUGCGUAACCAAUACUUCAACAAGACUCUCAGACGGAAAGGAUCCCAUGAAAGUUUAUUGUCGAUGAACAAAGGUCCUUCUAGUCUUUCUCGUAAAGUUAGCAGACCUCAGUAUUAUAACUUCAUGGCCAAAGAUCAAGGAGAACUUGCCAAUUCUACUCAUCAUCAUAGUCCUGGAAAGCACAAUAGUAUGGGGACCGCAAUUAAAAGAAGAUCAAUGAACUUAUAUCAUAACCAACUAAACAAAAUAUCUAGCCGUCCAAAGUCUACUGGAUUCUUCUAA